CUAUCAAAGAAUUCAAUAGGUACUUAAUUGAAAUUUUGGUGAGUUUAAUAAAUUUGGACUUUGUGAUGACUGAAAAGAUUUAACCAAUUACAAUUUAACUUUACAGUUACAUUUAAUUAAAUUACCAAAUUUUUAAAUUUUGAGUAAUAAAUAAUGUCACUUACUGAACCUGGUGAACCAAGAAUUCAAGAGAUUAUUGAUGCAGCACGAGCACCGACUAAAUGUCGUAUACCGCAAAGAUUGCUCCCAAGAAGUGUCAAGGCCACUUUAAAUAGGCCCAAAUCGAUCAAUAACUCCGAAUUGGUGCAACAUAGACCCAAGUCAGCAGGUCGAAAUAAAGAGGAGCAAAAUGGAAAUAAAGAAAUGCACUAUAUACGGUCAGCCCGCCCAAAAAGAGACAAAUUGUUGCCUGCUCCUAAGGCAAGCCAACCUCAUGACUUGUACUGUUUUAAAUUAAAAAUUAAUUUUCUAAACAAUAUAUAUUUUGUUACUCAGAGGCCUUCAAUAAUACCUAAAAGGACUAAUGCUAUAUUGUUGCCGAAUAAAGCCCUAAGACCAUUAAUAGUGGUGCCAGUGACACAGAAACAGCCGGGUAGAUGUUCGUAUAUGAACAAAAAUAUCUCAGAACUCCCUGAUCAGGAAAGAAUACAGAAAAGAGAGGAACUAGAACUACAACAAAGCGAAAUGUUCAAUACAUCACAUGCAUUUGGAGAUUUAACGGAGAGAGAAUCGAUUACUUCACGAAGCGACAAUGUAAAGCAGCUCAAAAUAAGUUGGCAGGAAAAAAAUGUUCAAUUUGAGAAAAUGAAGAAUGAUCUUAAAGAUCGACAGAGGUUAAUAAUGGAACUUUACGCUACGAUGCGGUCAACCCAACAGAAAAUGUCUGCAUUGGGUCAAAAAGCUAUCUUACCGUCCGCCGACGACUUAAAGAUCAUGAAUGUUGCCAAAUUGACGCCAGAACAACUCCUACAAUUAUGUGCCACCACAAAGCAACACGGGGACAAGUCUCAGCAUGAUGAUUCUCGUAUAUUUCCUAAAAGUUGUUUAACUAUUGAUAUGAAUAAAUUACUUAAUAUGCCAUCAAAAUUAAUAACAACAUGUGAACAAACUUUAGCUAAAAGAAAAGAAAUAAUUGAUUGGUUUGAAUCAUUGAAAACUCUAGAGAAGGGCAUAAGUAUGCAUAAACUAUCGAAAAAAAUAAACGAGUUUUAUGCUGAAAAUGAAAUGCUUGCUUGUUCUCUUGAUACAGUCAAAGCAGAUAUUUACACGGAAUUGAAUGAAAUCAUCGAUUUUUUAAGAAAAGGUAUCAACGAAACAAUAGCACUUCAACUGCGUACAGAAGAAUUAACAUAUGAAUUGUCUGAACUGAAUUCCCAGAACGUUGAUCUCCGGAAACAAAUUUACAACGCAGACCAUCUGAAGUCACAAACCAAUAGGGGCAAGAUAGAGCAACUUGAAAAAGACCUCAAAGAAGAAAAAUGCAAGAAAAUUAUGAUUAGAGAUCGAUUAACGCGCGCAGAAAGGCAAAUUAAGAUAGGAACCGAACGUGCGUCACAAUUAGAGGCUGCAUUGGAACAGGCUCGCACCCAAACAUGGACACUAGAACGCUCUGUCCAACAGUUACAAGAUCAAAAUCAAAAAUUACAAAUAGAUUUCGACAAGGAACUCAAUAAAUUAACACAAUCAAUUAGAGAGAAUACAGCCCAUUUAGAGGAAAUAGCUGAUGCACGAGAAAAAUUGCAAACAGAGAAAGAGGAUUUGGAGAAACGGCUCAAAGAAGAGUCUGAACAUUACAAUGAAUCACUGAAAAGUAUGAAACAUGAAAUAAAUAUGAAUGGAGUUAAAGUUAUCGAAACUGAUAAGAAAUAUAAAGAAGAAAUAGAAGAAAGAAAAAAAUUACAAGAGAAACUUGAAACCUUACAUGCACAGCUACUCGAGUCUGAAUUACGAAAUAAUGAGUUAAAUAAUGAACUAAAAGAUAAAGAAAUUAAAUUGGACAUAUACAUGAAUUAUCAAACAGAAUUGGAGAAGACUAAAUGUGAACUAAGUGAUGUUAAUAUUCAAGUAGAAAAGUAUAAAAAUCAGCUAACACAACAAAAUGAAGCAAUUAAAGAAGUAGAGCAUAAUUUUGAAGAAAACUUGAAGCGUCAUUUAAGUAUUAAAGAUGAUUAUAUAUCUGAACUGGACAAAAAACAAUCUCUGUUAGAACAACAAUUACAAGAAAGCGAGAUGAAAAUGUAUUCAUAUGAAGAGCAACUUAUGUUGCUAAAAGGACACAUAGCACAGCUCAAAGCAGACUUCGGCGAAUUCGAAAAUCUUACUGAACUCAAUGAAAUGAUAAAUCAACAACGAAAUAAGCUACUAGAAGUUACUCGUCAAAACGGAGAAUUGGUGGAAGCGUUGCAGAACAAAGAUACAGAAUUAGAACGUCAGUUAGAAAAUCUUACAGAACAUGAGCAGCUUCUAUACGAUAGAGACAAUGUUAUAAAAAUGUUAUCCAAGAAAGAUGAUGAACAGACAAAUAUUAUUAAAUUGCUACGUAAUAAUUUGGAAAUGAGAGUUCAAGCAGAUACCGAUCUCAACCAGCAAAUUCUUGAAAAAAAGUCUCAAAUAGAAUCGCUUGUUAAUAAUUUAGAAGAAAAUAAACAUGAAAUAUCUCAAUUAGAAACUAUAAUUUUAACUUUGAAAGAUCAAAGACUAAAUGAUCAAGACAAAAUAACGACACUUGAAAACAAAAUUCGACAAUAUGAAUCAAUGCAUCUGGAAACUAAACACGGCACAGAAAUUCCGACUAAUAAUCUGGACGACUUAAUUAAAAUUCUUGAAAACGAAUUAGGAAUGCCUUUAGAAUCUGAAUUUAAUGAUGAAAAGCAAGAGUAUCCAACAAAUAGGAAAUUUGGUGAAGAUCAUAAGCACGAUAAACUUAUCAAUUUUGACUAUUUGUAUCAUUCAAAAUCAGAAUCUGUACCAACAAAAAUUGUAAUGAGUAAUUUUAUUAAAAAAACUUAUAUACCAGCAAAAGAUGAAGUAUUCAAGAGCGAUAAUCUUGAUCGCAAGAAAGCUAUUGCAAAUAUAGAUAUGCAAAAGUGGGUUUCAGCACCUGAUCCCAAAAUCAACACGUUCGACACGAUUCCUAUUAAUAAAUCAAAUUUCCCACGUUUAAGAGAGGUAACGCCAAGACAUUAUACCGAUAUUAAUAAUUCAUCAAAUUUGCGCUGUUUAGAUUUUAAUCAUCUUCGAGAGGGCAAAAAAUGUAAAAUGUUUAAGUUGGCUGGUCAUAGACUGUAAGUGUUCAUGUCGCUUGUGCUAUUUAUUUGUAUUUGUAAAAAUUUACUUAAUAUUCUUGUUGGAAAUUAAAGAUAUAUAUAACUUUAA